GGACAGCAGCUAAUGGAUCUGGAGCACAAGUUAACCAUUGCCAAAGAAGAGUUGGAAAAGGCCGCACUGGACAAGGUGGAUAUCAUUAAACUUUUACUUCAUCGUAAUCCAUAACAUUUUAGUCUUUCACUUUGAUAUUUUCUCGUUUCAUGUUUGUAUUGUGUUUCUCCUCUUCAUUUCUUCUCGGGGAUAAUGUUCUCGGUCUGACCUAUUGAAAAACUAUUUUGAGAGGUGCUUUUUACUCCUAAGUUACUAAAUGAAUAAUUGGAUGGUGUGAGAGUACGCUUAUGCCGUACAGUUUUCUCGGCUCUAUUUAUAUUUAUGGAUGCUUCGGAGAAGGAGCUUCAUUGUGCUAUUCUACAGCAGGUGUAGGGAUGAAUGCAUAAUUGUGGAAUGGCUGGUGACCAAAAUGCUCCUGAACAGCUUCUACCCCCAAGUCAUAAGACUGCUGAACAGUUAAUCGAAUGGCUACCCAGACUAUUUAUAUUGACCCCCUUUAUUAUGUAUUUUUUUGUCUUUAUUUUUUGCACUGACUCUUUUGCACUGGCUCUAUGCACACUCACUAGACUCUACUCACACACUCACACAUACUACACUGACACUGACACUCCAAAACACACACACUACAUACGCUCACACACACUACAUACGCUCACACACACAUGCAUAUUGAAGCCAGGCACUCACACAUAGACACACUUUCACACUCUUCACAUAUGCUGCUGCUACUCUGUUUAUUAUCUAUCCUGUUUGCCUAGUCACUUUUACCCCUACCUACAUGUACAUACUGUAUUACCUCAAUUACCUCAACUACCUCGUACCCCUGCACAUUGACUCUGUACUGAUACUCCUUGUAUAUAGCCUCGUUAUUAUUUUAUUUUGUUACUAUUUCCUUUUUUAUUUAGCAAAUAUAUUUCUGACUUUUUAACUGCAUUUCUGGGAAUGGGCUCAUAAGUAAGCAUUUCACUGUAAAGUCUACACCUGUUGUAUUCGGCGCAUGUGACCAAUAACAUUUGAUUUGAUAACGGUUACAUUUUAUUAGUGGGUGGAUAUACAAUAAUUGGUGUGUAAUUGAGGGAAUUGUCAGAUGAAUGUAGAAAGGGAAGCCCCAGUGAUUGUUAUUUACUGUUACAUGGAUGGAUGGUCAAAUACUCAUAUCUGUUUGCUUCUGUUGCUUGGAACAGGAGUCUCAGUUGAAGGCACUGAAGGACACAGUGCACAUCUGCUUCUCUGCUGUUCUGCACAACCAGCCCACCAGCAGCCACAGGUUCCCUGCCACCCCCACCCACUUGUUCAGAUAUUCCUCACUCGUCAACAGCUCCAUAGUCACCUUUCAGCAGCCACAUGCCAAGGUAAUGCACAUUCUGACCCCAUGCAACUCCCGCCAGUUAAGAGGAACAGCAAUGGGCAUAAACAUUGCAGCAGAUUAUCAAUUUAGAUUUUCGGGGUGACAACCACAGAGCCAAGUACCGAUUUCUCAAUUGAAUGCCCCCAGUGUCACUCCCUGGAGAGGAGUUGUUCCGAACAUAAUUACUACUAAAGACAAUAGUCGGGCAAAUAGGAUUGCAGAAAUUGUUCAAAAUAAUAACAUGUCCAAAUACAGCAGGUUUUUGUGUAAUUUAUGUUACUCUUCACACUCUAUUGCCAGGAAAAUAAGACCCAAUUAUUUUAAAUGUAAGGGUGUGCUAUCGGCACUUGUUUUCAAUAAAAAGUAUAAUUAAAUGUGACACAUUCUUUGUUGAAUGUCUUUCAAAGUCAUCUUCAUAGAGCGCUUAAUAAAAGGCCAAGGACUCAAUCCCCUGAGAGCAAACCAAGGGUGACAGUGGUAAGGGAAAAGUUAUCUAGUGAAAACAGGAUUAUAACUAUAGAGGACUCAAUGACAGUGCUUCUAACCUGGGGAACCUCUAUGUGCAGGUUUUCAUUCAAAACGGUAACUAUGAUAGAGUGCACAGGGAAACACCAACAGGCCACAAUAACUCAAAGUUGGGUAUGUUGUGAGUGAUUUAUAGAUAAGUAAGCAUUUAUUUUGAGGGGCGCUAUUAGCAACUUGCUUACAGGAUUGACAGCUGAUUUGUUAUACUGACACCUGGCUGUCACUCUGAUUCGUUGGGUAAGUACUGUCACAAGAUAUACAGUGAGGGAAAAAAGUAUUUGAUCCCCUGCUUAUUUUGUACGUUUGCCCACUGAAUGAUCAGUCUAUAAUUUUAAUGGUAGGUUUAUUUGAACAGUGAGAGACAGAAUAAUAACAAUAAAAUCCAGAAAAAUGCAUGUCAAAAAUGUUAUAAAUUGAUUAGCAUUUUAAUGAGGGAAAUAAGUAUUUGACCCCCUUUCAAUCAGAAAGAUUUCUGGCUCCCAGGUGUCUUUUAUACAGGUAACGAGCUGAGAUUAGGAGCACACUCUUAAAGGGAGUGCUCCUAAUCUCAGCUUGUUACCUGUAUAAAAGACACCUGUCCACAGAAGCAAUCAAUCAAUCCGAUUCCAAACUCUCCACCAUGACCAAGACUGUGCUCUAAAGAGCACUCCAAGGAUAUCAGGGACAAGAUUGUAGACCUACAAGGCUGGAAUGGGCUACAAGACCAUCGCCAAGCAGCUUGGUGAGAAGGUGACAACAGUUGGUGUGAUUAUUCGCAAAUGGAAGAAACACAAAAUAACUGUCAAUCUCCCUCGGCCUGGGGCUCCAUGCAAGAUCUCACCUCGUGGAGUUGCAAUGAUCAUGAGAACGGUGAGGAAUCAGCCCAGAACUACACGGGAGGAUCUUGUCAAUGAUCUCAAGGCAGCUGGGACCAUAGUCACCAAGAAAACAAUUGGUAGCACACUACGCCGUGAAGGACUGAAAUCCUGCAGCGCCCGCAAGGUCCCCCUGCUCAAGAAAGCACAUACACAGGCCCGUCUGAAGUUUGCCAAUGAACAUCUGAAUGAUUCAGAGGAGAACUGGGUGAAAGUGUUGUGGUCAGAUGAGACCAAAAUGGAGCUCUUUGGCAUCAACUCAACUUGCCGUGUUUGGAGGAGGAGGAAUGCUGCCUAUGACCCCAAGAACACCAUCCCCACCGUCAAACAUGGAGGUGGAAACAUUAUGCUUUGGAGGUGUUUUUCUGCUAAGGGGACAGGACAACUUCACCGCAUCAAAGGGACGAUGGACAGGGCCAUGCACCAUCAAAUCUUGGAUGAGAACCUCCUUCCCUCAGCCAGGGCAUUGAAAAUGGGUCAUGGAUGGGUAUUCCAGCAUGACAAUGACCCAAAACACACGGCCAAGGCAACAAAGGAGUGGCUCAAGAAGAAGCACAUUAAGGUCCUGGAGUGGCCUAGCCAGUCUCCAGACCUUAUUCCCAUAGAAAAUCUGUGGAGGGAGCUGAAGGUUUGAGUUGCCAAACGUCAGGCUCGUAACCUUAAUGACUUGGAGAAGAUCUGCAAAGAGGAGUGGGACAAAAUCCCUCCUGAGAUGUGUGCAAACCUGGUGGCCAACUACAAGAAACGUCUGACCUCUGUGAUUGCCAACAAGGGUUUUGCCACCAAGUACUAAGUCAUGUUUUGCAGAGGGGUCAAAUACUUAUUUCCCUCAUUAAAAUGCAAAUCAAUUAAUAACAUUUUUGACAUGCGUUUUUCUGGAUUUUGUUGUUGUUAUUCUGUCUCUCACUGUUCAAAUAAAUCUACCAUUAAAAUUAUAGACUGAUCAUGUCUUUGUCAGUGGGCAAACCUACAAAAUCAGCAGGGGAUCAAAUACUUUUUUCCCUCACUGUAGGCCUAACAUCCUCCACCCACCCAAAAAUGGAUGAUAAGAAAAAUAAAUAUGUAUUGUACUGGAGCAGGUUUCUAGAUCAUUAGUAUCUUAUCAUUAGUAGCUUUCCACAGUAAAUACAAAAGUUAUUUACCUUAUAAAGAGUACAAAUGAAGGUUUGUGUCUUACUUACUCUGCCCAAGGAUAUGUAGCAAAGUUUGUCAGCAGCGUUGCAAAGAGGAUGAACCUUUUGAGGGCAUUGACUUUUUCAGAUGAAACCGAAAUUGAGAUAAGUUCUUCCAUCACAUUCAUCUGUUCUGAACUACACCCCAUUCACUUUAUUUAUACGCUGUGCAAAGUCAUGUUGGACCUAAUCACAGUUUAUAUCAGUCAACUACUGCGGUCAUAUCAAAAUCAGAAUAUCGAAGUCAAUCACAGCUCUGUUGCAGUUUCUUAUCGGCCCUGAUCCUAGUGAGCAAUCCUGUUUCUCAGAGGCUUUUCUCCCUGAUGCAGUCAGAAGUCAUUCUGCUUCUCUGUGUGUUGGGUGUCGAGCUAAGAGCCUUGACGUUAGCUAUGUGCCACCCAGAGGACAUUACAGCUCUUUCUCAGAACGCUCCAAUACCCCUCCACACGGAAGCACCACAUAAAGCAAGUAAUGUAAUGGCCACUUUAUUUCCAAAGAUAUAAACCAUAGUCAAUGUUCACAACGGCAGACGAUGACUCCAUUACAGCCGAUGUGAGUGAAAUGUGCUGGGCCUCAUCUCAUGUUCCAAGCCAAAUGAACAAGGGGUUGCAGGGGUUGAGUGUGGGGGGUGAAGGAGGGUAGUGUGUCUGUCAAAAGGAAAGACGACGGAGGGAAAACAUACUUGUUCAAAUAUAGGGAUCUGCUUAUGCAAAUCAAAUCUGUACUUCUCACUUGAUUAGCAUACAAAUAGCUCCACUCCAUCCUGAGCAGUCACUACGGCCAUCCGAUGCUGUAUCCACGGAUACUGUCUGCGGCAUGAAUCAAAGAGGGUUCUCCUCACUGUAAAGAUUACUAGUUCUCCCCAUCUGUCGUCGCUGUCUGUUCAAUGUGAAGGGGCCCACAUCUAAUAUAAAUCACUGGCAAAGAUGGCCAAAAAUGGGGACCACUGACAAACGUAACACCACCCCACAUUUCGCUUGUUCAUUUCCAUGCGGUAUUUCCUCCUUUUGCGUGAGGAGAACUGGAAUGGACUCAAUAUGCUAAGGCAGGCUGGGCCUCUUACAAAUGUAAUCGAAUGUAUCCCAUCAGCCCUUUCAUGGGCCAGUUUCCAUUGAAUAUUUGGUUAUCUAUUAGCUAUUUAGUAGAAAUGAAUAGCUGCUAAACACAUUCUGUUGGACAUGCUGAUAUUUGUUAGUAUGCCUGACUAGCCCGACAAGGGCCAUUAUUGUCUGUGAUCAAAAGGCAAUUAUUUAGCACAGAAAGCAAUAUAAUAUUACAUCAUUGAAAUUAGAAAAAAAAAAGCUUUAAAAGCCUACCAUUAUUUCCUCUACAGCUUUACAAAAUAUAACGCUUAUGUGUGUAUCAGCUACCCUCUCAGCAUCAUGUUCGGUAUUUGAGUUCCUAAACAUAAUGGGCCUUAAUCUCCACUAGACAACCAUUACUAGAUAAGACUCCAGUCUUUGGCUGCAGACACAAUCCCCUGCCGGUGAAAGAUUCAUUAGUGAGAGGUUGCCGGGAUCAGCAAGAUCAGGGUGGAAGUCUCAUCAUAUUUAACAGGCCGAGGAAGGAAGCCAAGUCUUGUGGUGGUGAUAGCAUGCCAUUUUCAUCCAAGUAAUGGGAGAUGAUGUGUGGAAUGUGGAUUCUGUGGAAUGCUUGGGGCAGUAAUUUACUGCCCGAGGAAAAAUCUGGAUCUUUAUUUGCUGGCUCUCUCUCUGCACUUCCCUUUUGACUUGUUGAUGGUUUCUCUAGCUGAAAUCAGUUGCGGGGGUAAACAGUGAGUUUGUUUUUGACAUUUAUUUACAGUGUAGAGAAGUAUUGCUAUGGUCAGAACGCAUUGGAUCUCUUAAAAUAUGCAACAUUCAUUUGAAUGAGUUUAAAUCUCUCUUUUAACGAAGUCCAUGAGAUGGACAGGAAUAAUUAAUGCGGAUUGAAAGUGCAACACAUGCCAUGAAACUGCGGAGUGAAGUAUUCAGAAAACUAUUUUAAAUGUUUUGGUUGAUUUUGGUAAGAUCUCUGCAAUUUACAUAUUUCUGUCUAUUUGAAUUUGUUCAUAUUUCUGGUAAGAUCUCUGCGCUGUGAGAGCUGUUAAGAGAACAGAAAAUGAACUCUCCAGGCCAGCCAUCCAUGCAUGACUUUCUAAAGACAUGUCCCUUGAGUGCAGGACCGUUGGGAGCAGAAAACCAUUUCAGCAGGCACUCAUGCCCCAUCACUGUUCCAUUGAAUUGUCCUGGCCCUGAUGGAUACUGCCAAAAAGCACUGAAAUAAUACAUGAUACGUCCAUUGAAAUAGGUCACUUCAAGAGGCAAAUUCAAAAUUACUUUUUAUGAAGUGAACACAUUUCUAAUAAAAAAAUCUGUAUUUUUCUCUAUGGAAAGUAGCCGUGGUAGAAGCAAAAAUAAAAUCCUCAGGGCUGUCCAGUUCAAUGAAAAACAAACCGCUUUAAAUGCACCUCAGCACCAAAUCUCUUGUCAUGGUCUAUUUCAACAGAGCUGCACUGUGUGUCAUGGCUUAUACCAACCUUACCCAUACAUGUCAUGUUCCACCUUCCAUUAUUUAGAAUUUCUAAACAACUCCUUUUUCUCUCCCGCACUUCUUUCUCGCAGGAUAUCCCGAAAGUUCAGAGAAUCAUCACAGCCAGUAAAUCGCCUGCGAACAUUGGGGUAAUGAGGAGAAAAAGUAGUCCAGGAGUCAAGGACUGCCAGAUGGAAAAG